AUGAUGCUAAUCAACCAUAUUACCGUAAACCUGGAACUAGUGGAUCUUUUCGUAGAAACGAGGAUGAAAGAAAGGAUGGAAAAGUAUGAAGCAGAAGGAAGUAAUGACAGAGUGAGAACGAUAUGCAGUCGAAUAGCAGCCAAUGAGCAGUCAGUAGAACCUGCUAAUGCUACACCAUCUAGUCAGUCUGCCAAUACUUCCAACAUUAGCAUUCUCACCAUUAUUCUAAAAUAA